UUCAACGUUUCAACUCUCAUCAUCAAUUAAUUAAUUAAUCCACUUCAUAAUUUAGUUUUUGAUUGUUUUUCGAAUCAAAUACACACGUUGCAUUGUGCGCGCUUAAUCGUGCGGAACGAUAGUGGAUCGAAAAAGUGGUGCAUAAAUAGAGAGAGAGAGAGAGAGAUAGUGAGCUCGUCUGAGAUAGAGAUAGCGAUAAAGAGAGAAAGAUGGGUCUGAAACGCCGCCAUAAGAAGAAGAACAAUCAAAAGUUCGAUCCAAAACGUUUGGUGAAAUUAGAUCAUAAGCGUAAAUGUUUUGUGGUCGAUGAAACACCGCGAUAUCCGAUUAUUGCAACGCCUCGUCAGUUACAGAAGCGUUUUCAUUACUACAGUGAAAGUGAAUCCGAAAGUGAGGAGCUGAGCAGUGACGCUGAAUUCAACACGGGAUACAUGGUCUCUAGUCUAACGGCGAGCAAAGAAUUGAUUCGCAUGAGCUCAAGCAGCAGUGAUUCGGGCUUUGAAGGUGGUGGAACGGCUCCGGCCAAUCCAAAAAAGAUGCUCGAAACAUCGUUCACCUAUGCACAGUAUCAACGCACAGGCAAAUUCAUGCCACCCGCAAUGACUCUACCUCAUUUUAAGACCUACAUAGUGGAUGACUUUCACUUCUUGACGGUGCUAGGCACGGGAAGCUUCGGAAAAGUAUAUUUGGCUGAGCUUCGAAACACGGAGUAUUAUUAUGCAGUGAAAUGUCUCAAAAAGGACGUUUUAAUUAGAAAUGAUGAUGUCGAUUGCCCGUUUACUGAGCGCAAAGUUCUAACGAUGGGCACUGCGCAUCCGUAUCUGUGCCAUUUGUUUUGCACUUUUCAGACAGAGAGCCAUCUAUUUUAUGUGAUGGAAUAUUUGAGCGGUGGUGAUUUGAUGUUUCAUAUUCAAGUGACCGGUCGCUUUACGGAAUAUCAGGCGAAAUUCUUUGGCGCCGAAAUCGUAUCGGGAUUGAAAUUUUUACAUAAGAAGGGAAUCAUUUAUCGCGACUUAAAAUUAGACAACAUUCUGCUGGAUUUCGAUGGCCAUGUGAGAAUUGGCGAUUUCGGCAUGUGCAAACUACAGAUUUAUUUAGAUCGAACGGCUGAAAGCUUUUGCGGCACACCCGACUAUAUUUCGCCAGAGAUUAUACGGGGUCAAAAAUAUAAUCAAAUGACCGACUGGUGGUCUUUUGGUGUGCUAUUAUAUGAAAUGUUAACGUGUCAGACGCCAUUCAGUGGUUGCGACGAGGACGCUUUAUUUUGGUCAAUUUGUUAUGAGAGUCCAUGGUAUCCAUUCUACCUGAGUGACGAUGCCGUGAAUAUAUUAGGCAAAUUGUUAGACAAAAAUCCAAAUACCAGAUUGGGUUUACCAAACAGUCCGCUUGGUGAAAUUAAAGAAAAUGUCUUUUUUCAUGAGAUCGAUUGGAAAAAAUUGGAGCGUAGACAAUUGGAGUCACCGUUCAAGCCAGAAAUUAAACACCCGUUAGAUACACGGUACUUCGAUCGGGCGUAUACCAGAGAAAAGGUACGAUUGCCAUCAACGGAGACAUACCAAAUAAAGGCGAUGGAUCAAGAGAAAUUCAAAGAAUUUUCCUACACAAAUCCAAAUGUAAUGGCAACUUAAGCUCAUUUUCCGUCGGCUUCAACAAAUUAUAUUUUUAUGUUUAAGCGAAUACCACGAAUAAAACUCAUAAUAUAUCGUAGACUUGACAA